AGCACACGCUGAUAUGGAUUAAAAUAAAAAAAAUAGAUGAGGACUUUCUGGUCCAAACAAAGAAUUUGGAAAUUAUCUGUGAAGCUGUGAAUAGACAUAGAAUAGUUGAGUCAGACUAAUAGAUCUGAUGUUGUUUCAGUGUCAUACAACAAAAAUUAUAUUAUUAAAACAAUUAUUGUGAGUCAUUUAAUGUAAAAAAAAGUAGUUGUGCGUAUGCAGGCUUAAAGUAAAGUGCUAACCGUGAUUAAAAAAACUUGACAUUGAUGCGUAUCUCGAGCGCGCGCAGCAUCAGUAGAGUGCGCGGCUCCUUUAAGAGAUUAGCGGUGGAUGAACUGAGCCCAUGUGAACACAGACUGUCAAAAGACGGGAACUCACUUUCCUUUUAACAUCUCGCACUGUCUGUUUCACAGGAAUCACCCCUCCUUCAAGCAAAACGUGACUUAUUGUGGUUUUAAACGUGAAACUUAUAGCUUGACUGUUUCUAUCUUUUUUAUUUUAUUCGGUCUUUUUAAUUUAUUAACCUAGAAAUGUUGAAACCUGCAUUUUUACUCGAUGCAUCUCAGUAUCACAGUGCUGGUGAAUGCGCUGUAACCGUGUAGCCUUCAGUCACCACACAGGAAUUUAUCAGCAGUGUAUUUUCGGCUCAGCGUCACUCCCUGACAGCAGGACGGGACCGGAUAGUUUACAAAGGAUUUUAAAGCCACGUUGCGUCUCUCAUUCAAUAAUUUCCACUUUGCUGGAAGAUGCUUCAGAAUGGAAAGUCGCAGGCGGACAGCGCGGACGCGUCCGAGUCCAAACCCGAAGAGCACGGCGAGAAAACGGACACGAGCGAGAGCGCGGCGGCUCAUCCGGAGCACGAGCCCGCGGACGGAGAGUCCACUCACUUCCCUCUGCCUGUCCAACCGAAGCUGGAAAUCAAGCGGCAUGCCGUGACCGAGGAAUACAAAAUCUCCAGUCAAGUGUUGGGUCUGGGGGUCAACGGCAAAGUAGUGGAGUGUUAUAAUAAGAAAACAGCACAGAAGUGCGCACUGAAGAUUCUGUUCGACUGCCCCAAAGCUCAAAGAGAAGUCGAGCUGCACUGGAGGGUCUCCGGAGGGCCACAUAUAGUCCGCAUCAUCAGUCUUUAUGAAAACAUGUAUCGUGGGAAAAAAUGUCUUCUCAUCAUUAUGGAAUGUAUGGAGGGGGGAGAGCUCUUCAGCAGAAUUCAGGCCAGAGGAGACCAGGCCUUCACCGAGAGAGAGGCCUCUGAGAUCAUGAGAGACAUCGGCAGAGCCAUUCAGUUCCUGCACAACAUGAACAUUGCCCACAGAGACAUCAAGCCAGAGAACCUGCUCUACAACAAUAAAGACAACACUGGAGUUCUGAAACUAACAGACUUUGGAUUUGCUAAAGAAACAUCACUUCAUAACCCCUUACAGACGCCCUGCUACACACCGUAUUAUGUAGCACCGGAAGUGUUAGGUCCUGAGAAAUAUGAUAAAUCAUGUGAUAUGUGGUCUCUGGGCGUUAUAAUGUACAUUCUGUUGUGUGGGUUUCCGCCAUUUUAUUCCAACACGGGACAGGCCAUCUCACCGGGUAUGAAACGACGUAUACGAAUGGGCCAGUAUGAGUUUCCCAACCCUGAGUGGGCAGAAGUGUCUGAGGAAGCCAAGCAGUUGAUUCACCAGCUGUUAAAGACAGACCCCAAUGAAAGAAUGACCAUUGUUCAAUUCAUGAAUCACCCUUGGAUCAAUCAAUCAAUGGUGGUUCCUCAAACGCCUCUUCACACCACACGAGUGUUGGCAGAAGACAGUGAGAUGUGGGACGAGGUUAAGGAAGAGUUAACUAGUGCUCUGGCCACCAUGCGUGUAGAUUACGACCAGGUGAAGAUUAAAGACUUGGACGCCUCCAGUAAUCCCUUAUUGAACAAGAGACGCAAGAAAGCGGCCACCGGUGAGAAGAGCGGAGGAUCCGGCUGCAGUAGCCAAUGAGAAACGAAUAAGUGAGAAGGAUGGAAGUGAAACAACUGUUUGAAAGGACGUCAAGAAUGAACCAGGAAUCGGGAAAAGAUGAGCUCUCCAAAGAACAAGAGAUGAUGGAUGGAUGAAUCCAUGGAGAAGACGAUAACAUGAGAUGCUUAAAUGAGAGAAGUUGAAGGACUGGAGGAUAAAAUGCUUCGACAAAAAUGUUUCGACAACCAGCAGUGAAAGACUGAAAACUUUGAGAUUCUUCAGCAGUGUGUAUGUUUAUGUUAUGUGUAUCUCUUUUUAUAUGUUGUGAACUGUUAUUUGAUUUACAACUCUGGUAAAAGUAAAAAAAGUCUUUUAGUUUAACCGCAGCAGUCCCACUUUGUUGUUAAUUUGGAUUUUGUUAUUGCCAUCUUUUUAUUAGGUAUUAAACUUUCAAGACAUUUUCA